AUGGCUGAUGACUGCUUCCGGAAGCCAGGGGUGCGGAACAGGAAGUGCUUGAGCGCAGGCGCGCAGGUGGUGAGCUGCCCAGGGCAGGGAGGUAUUCCACAUCCGAACCAGAACCGGGCCAGCCUUCACCUGGGAAUCCACGCCAGGAUGUUUAGAUCAAUCAUCUCCGAAGAGGAAUAUUGCCAGAAACACCUGGAACUGCGUCUGCUGUUUUGUGAGGAAGAUCAAGCUAUCCUGUGUGGCAAAUGUUUAUUGUGCGAGGAUCAUGAGACUCACAUGGUGUGUGGGAUACAGGAGGCAGCUGAGAAUUACAGGAAGUUAUUCUGGGAGUUAUCCAGCACAUUGGAGGCGAAACUUGGAGUUACUAGAACUCUGCUGGCUGAAGAACAAGAAAAAAUGGUCAUUAUUCAGGAAGAGGAGCAGGACUUCAGAGAAAUGAUUGAGUCUGAGUAUAAGAUGAUAUUCCGGUUGAUGACCGAAGAGAGUGACGAGAACCUGGAAGGGCCCACGUUCAACCUGAACUUGAGAAAAGCCACCUCGACUCAGAGGGCAGCGUUUGUCGCAGAGCUAGAGGACAAGUUCCAGGAAGCGAUACAGAAACUGAGGGAGCUGAGGAUGGAGAACAUGAGUAAGCUGCAGGAGAGUGAACUCAGACUCUACGAGCAGAUCUACGUGCUGCAGGUGACCAUCCAAGAGCUGGAGAGCAAGUGUGAGGAGAUGCCGUUGGUGUUGCUCAAGGAUGCACGAGAUUAUUUCGAACGAGGGCCCGGGACCUGCCACCGGCCUCACGCUGCCCUUCUUUACAGAGGUAGCAGCCUGGUGCUGCUUCAGAGCCUAGAGCCUGCCCAAAUCAUGGACCCGAGACUGUGCCAGAUCCCGGGAAUAAGGAAGAUACUGGGAGGACUUCAAAGACCCGUCACUUUGGACCCCACAACAGCUCAUCCCUUCCUUCUCUUAUGCGAGCAUCUGAGAACUGUCAGAUUCAGAACUAUCCAGCAGAAUGAGCUUGGCCACCCAGAGAGAUUCGACUACAGUGCUUCUGUGUUGGGUGUGGAGAGUUUCACCUCGGGCAGGCAUUACUGGGAGGUGGAUGUGGGACAGGCAACCAAAUGGCAGUUGGGUGUAUACGAAGACACUGCCAGCGGACCGGACAUCAUGCUCAAAGCUUCUGGAGAUAAAUGCUUGCUCAUGGCGUCCAUGAUGGGAGCCGACUGUACCUUCUGGGCCUUUCCUCCUUUAAAAAGGGUAUUCUCGGGAGAGCGAAUCCACAGAGUUGGAGUUUUCUUAGACUAUAAGUACGGGCAGGUAGCAUUCUAUGAUGUGACAAAGGGACUCCUCAUUUAUAGUUUCUCUCAUCUUGUCUUUGAUGGAGUUGUCAAGCCUUUAUUUUCUCUCUGUUUUCCAAGAAGAGUCACAGAUACAGAAUCCCUUACCAUCUGCCUCCCAGAGGCCGAUUCUUAUGAUGGUGCUGUUGACCCUCAGCCCUCCCACCUGUGA